UGCAGCCGCAAAUGCUUGACUCCGAAGGUCCAUAUCGGCUGCUUUAUUGUUCAAGUAAGGGAGAUAGAGCAGGGGUGUUACAGGAGUUAGAGAAAGGGGUUGAACCCAAUCUAGCCGACUAUGACAAGAGAACAGCUCUUCAUUUAGCAUCAAGUGAAGGACGGGCUGAAAUUGUUCUUUUACUUCUUGAGACAGGAGCAGAUGUCAACUCUUUAGAUCGCUGGGGUCGCACUCCACUGUCAGAUGCCCACAGCUUUGGUCACGAGGUGAUUUGCAAGAUACUGGAAGCUAAAGGUGGAAUAGAUCCGGUGGGGCUUGACUCCCAGACUCCUUGCUAUGAAAUUCAUCACACUGAAGUGGACAUGGAUGAAGCGAUACUUAUUGGACAAGUAAUUUCUUAUUUUAAUUUCUAUCGCAGAUAUCAAGGAGCAUAUGGUGAAGUUUAUCUAGUCAAGUGGCGUGGCACAGAAGUUGCUGCAAAAACUAUUCGGUCUUCCAUUGCAUCAAACUCAAGGGUGAGGAGUUCUUUCAUGAAGGAAUUGGGUUUGUGGCAAACAUUGCGCCACCCUAAUAUAGUGCAAUUCCUUGGUGUCCUAAAGCAUUCUCAGCGCUUGAUCUUCCUUACAGAGUAUCUUCGCAAUGGAAGUUUGCAUGAUAUAUUAAAAAAAAGAGGAAGAAUAGAUCCACCAACAGCAGUUUCUUAUUCUUUAGAUAUUGCAAGAGGUAUGAACUAUCUCCAUCAGCAUAAACCACAUGCUAUAAUACACCGCGAUUUGACACCAAGCAAUGUGUUACAAGGUGAAGCAGGGCGCCUCAAGGUGACAGACUUUGGAUUAAGCAAAAUUGCGCAAGAAAAAGAUUCAUAUGGUUACAAAAUGACUGGAGAAACGGGUUCAUAUCGUUACAUGGCACCUGAGGUUUAUCGUCGAGAAUCAUAUGGGAAGAGUGUUGAUGUGUUCUCCUUUGCAGUAAUUGUCUAUGAGAUGUUUCAAGGGGGACCAACUAAUACAGCAGAAACUGGAAUACAGAUUGCCGAUAAGCGAGCUUAUGAAGAUUCCAGACCGCCUCUCUCAUCAACUUUAUACCCUGAACCAAUCAAGGCGCUUCUCCAGGAUUGCUGGCACAAGAAUCCAGAUUGUCGACCAACAUUUGAAGAAAUAAUCUCACGGCUAGAGGUUAUCCAAGAAAUUUUGGAAAAGAAGAAAUCCAAUCCAUCGUGCUGUAGUUGUAUCAUCUUAUAAAACAAAUUGAAUAGUAACAAACAUAUUUUCAGCAGAUGCCUUUUCAUUUUAAUUGAUUGUAUUACUAUUGUAUGUCUCCCCUUUGCACGUGUAGUUUUCUUUCUCAAUUUUAACUUUUGUCGGAUGUACUUUCUUUUUACCUACAGUGAACAAUAUCUUGAAGAAGAUCAAUCACAAAGUUUGUACAAAAAAUAUGGGGGAUUCCAGAUUGACAUCCG